AGCAAUUAAUAAUCCAGACCAACAAACAACCGCAGCUCCCUCGUUGAAUUACUUGAAUAUGAAAGCGAGCUCGCAAAGAAAAAACUCAUACCAAAUUCAUUCAUUCAUUCAAUUAUGAUACUCCAAUUUCUUAAUUUCGGCGGCGCCGGACGCCUCCACUUUCUCAACCUCCGAAACCCCCAAAACGCCCCUUUCUCCACAACAACUCCCAUCUCCUGCUCCUCCUCUUCUUCAAUCCGUUGUGUCGCCGGCAACGGUUUCCCGGCCCACGACAUCGGCGCUAUUUUGCACAACAAAGUUCUUGUAUCAGCAGUUGCCUCUGCGGCAGUUGGGCAGUUGACCAAACCGUUUGCUUCGACCAUUUUAUACGGCAAGAAAUUUGAUUUGAAGACUGUUUUCUCCGCUGGGGGAUUCCCUUCUACGCAUUCUUCUUCUGUUGUGGCGACGGCAACUUGUCUUGGCAUAGAGAGGGGAUUUGCUGAUGCGCUUUUUGGUUUAGCUGUAGUUUAUGCUGGUCUUAUUAUGUAUGAUGCGCAGGGAGUUAGAAGGGAAGUCGGAACUCAUGCAAAACUACUGAACAAAGUGAUGCCGAGAACCAGAUUAUAUACACCUUCUUCCUCCACAGACGAUGCAAACGAUGUCGUAAAUUCCUAUUCCAGAGAAUCAUCUUCAGACUUAGAGAUCACUGAUGCAAACGAUGUCGUAAAUUCCUAUUCCAGAGAAUCAUCUUCAGACUUAGAGAUCACUGAUCCUGUUCUUUCGGAGGAGUAUAGCUCGUUGCAGAAGAGUUCUCUAUUGCUCGAGUCUGAUAACCGGAUGCGUGUAAGAUCCUCCAGGGUGGUAUCCGACAUAUGUGCAGGAUCGGAAAGUGUAGCAUCAUCGUUGAAGGAAUCCGUCGGCCAUACGGAGAUUGAAGUUGCCGCCGGAGCCUUCUUAGGUUUGGUGGUGAGCUUAGUAGUGUGCCCCUGCUUAUAGUACAACAGGAUAUUAGAAAUUCAUCUCUUGUCACCUAACAUUUGGAGUACUUAUUAGAUUAAUCUUAUACCAUACAUAUGCUACAUUGAUCUCUCAAUAAAAUGCAUUGCUCUCAAUGCAUUUUAUACCAUACAUAUGCUACAUUGAUCUCUCAAUAAAAUGCAUUGCUCUUUCUAA